UGAAAGCUUGUAAUUCCUGGUGCAGUUGUCAUUCAGUGCUUUGGGGAUUUGUGACACAAUGGCUGGCUCGGUGUUUACGCGUUGUGUGAGCAGGACUUUACAGUCAGGCUUCAGAGUCAGAGGAGCCGAGAGACACUACUGGACCACUUUGAGAAGGACCACUGCUCUGACAAGUGGAAGAGCUGCAGUCCUGCUGGGGCUCCCUGCUUUCUCCUGCCUGGCAUACCAAGCUUAUCACAGGGUGCAGAGUUCAGCCGUGAUCUACGCUUUAGAGAAAGAGGAGGUUUUGGAGCAGGCUGACUACCUGUACAGUUGUGCAGAGACGGAGAAACUCUACCAGCUGCUCCUGCAGUAUAAGGACAGUGACAAUGCAGAGUUCCUGUGGCGGCUGGCCCGGGCGUCUCGUGACCUGGCCCUCCUGCCCGACACGACAGCCGAACGCAAGAAGCAGCUGACAUUUGAGGCCUUUGAGUAUGUAAAGAAGGCGCUGGAGAAAGAUGACAACUGUUUUGCUGCACAUAAGUGGUACGCAGUGUGUCUAAGCGACAUUGGGGAUUACGAGGGAGUCAAGGUGAAAAUUGGAAAUUCAUACAUCAUCAGGAAUCAUCUAGAGAGAGCCAUUGAGCUCAACCCUAAAGAUGCCACUUCUUUACACAUUUUGGGUUACUGGUGCUUUGCUUUUGCCGAGCUGCCAUGGUAUCAACGCAAGGUGGCGGCUGUUAUUUUCUCAUCACCACCUGACUCCACAUAUGAGGAGGCUUUGGGGUUCUUCCUGAAAGCUGAAGAAGUUGAUCCUAACUUCUACAGCAAAAACCUGCUAAUGAUGGGCAAGACCUACAUGGCCAUGAAAGACCAUCCGAAUGCUCUGCUCUGGCUGACCAAAGCAAAAGAUUAUCCUCCUCACACAAUGGAAGACAAAGAGGUCCAUAAAGAAGCUGUUGACCUCUUGAAGAAGCUGAAAUGAGGAUGUUGAAUGAUGCCUUUCAGGACUUUUGAGCUGUUAAUAAUAUAAUAUUAUAAUAUAUAAUAAUAAUUGUUAACAAAAUGUUUUCUUUUAUGAUUUUGUAAUAUUAAUGCAGUAGUACAUUGUGGCCUUGCACAGAGACAGUGAGGACUGUCCAAUCAUCUAGCUUUUACUGCAUUUAUAACUAAAUGCAACUUUAAUCAUGCAAUAGUUAACAUAAUCAGUCUCCAUGUCUCUAUUUGUCUCCAUUCCUCUUAAUCUAACUUCUCUCUGACAAAUGGCUUCAUGGAGAAAUGCGUGCCAACUGUUGGAAAAUCCAUCUGGGCAUUGUUGCUUUUUUUCUAGAGAUUUGCUGCAAUUUGAAAAGGUAGCAAAGGAAGUCACACACUUCCUGUUUUAAAAGGAAAAGUUGCAUAUUGUUAAUUACAUUUUCCGAACACCGUUUUAAUGAAAAACUUUGACUUGUUGCAUUAUCAACUAAAUAAAUUAAAAUGUUUCACACA